CAAGUGAGGCUCUUCCUUGAUCAGCAUCAGGUUCCAGAGGUACCAGACAGUGCUGCUGUGCACAUUUUUUUCUGCUUCCAUUCAGCAAAGGGCAAAGGCAGUGGAGAACACUCCUGCCUCAAAGCCAGGAGGAACUUGCUGAGAAAGAGGCAAGAGGACUACUGAUGCUUGUCUAAGUCACAGACUAAAGAAAAGAACCGAAGAACAUUCUUUACCUACCAGGAGAGAUGUCUCGCCCUGCACACAAAAAGCCAGAAUAUCACAAAAUAAACAAAGACCUUUUUGUACUCACCUAUGGAGCUCUGGUUGCUCAGCUAUGCAAGGAUUAUGAAAAAGAUGAGGAUGUGAACAAAUACCUAGAUAAAAUGGGUUACGGUAUUGGGACGCGGCUGGUGGAAGAUUUUUUGGCUCGAUCCUGUGUGAGAAGAUGCCAUAGUUAUUCAGAAAUUGUCGACAUAAUCGCCCAGGUUGCUUUCAAGAUGUACUUGGGAAUUACACCAAGUGUGACCUGUCACAACUCAAGCAGAAACAAAUUUUCCCUGAUUCUAGACAAGAAUCCUCUGGCAGAGUUUGUGGAAGAGCUCCCUGCUGGACGAUCUGCCUUGUGCUACUGCAACUUACUGUGUGGGAUCAUCAGAGGAGCCCUGGAGAUGGUUCAUUUGGCUGCUGAUGUUACAUUCUUGCAAGACAGACUAAAAGGGGACAGUGUGACUGAAAUCGGAAUAACAUUUCUGAAAAAGCUGGAUGAGAAAAAAUACAGACGGAAAAAAUGAAGAAUGGCAUGCAAAGUGUCACUGGUAGUUAGCUGUCCAGUGAGUAUCAGCUAAGUACACAGCUACAAAAGUGUUGUAUUUUUGCCUGAUGGCCUGGGCUGUGACAGGCCUCAAAACCUUACUGUGUAUCACACAUUUUCAGGAUUUCAGACACAAAUAACUUCUUGUAAAACAGUAAGCAUGAAUUCUACCACACACUAUUUGCUCUGUCCUCAGCCAGUCUAUUUCAUACCUGUAGCGGUGCGGGGGCGGGAAAGGAAGGCAACACCUAUAUAAGCGGUUAGGAUGUUAUCUCUCUUUUUUUUUUUUCUUAUUAGUUACAUUUUGUUAACUCUGUGUCCCAGCUGUAUCCCGCUCAAUAGAAAAAAAAAAUGGAUGAAACCAGACAGCAUUAGAGAGACAGACCCUAGACGACAUGUAACAGAUAUAUUCCCAUCAUUUCUCAUAGACUUUAUUAAUUAUGAGUGUGAUUUUUCCUCACCUAUUGCCUUGGCUUAUGGCUUCGGCUACUCUCUAGUUAUAACCACUGAGCCAGCUAUUUAUUUGCCUGGAUGCCAGUUCCGAAGCAUUUAAAAUGAUAUUUAAUUUUAAUUCAUUUAGCUUUAAAUUUUAAUUUAUUCAAUUUGGAGAUGGUUAAGAUCAACCAAAUGCCAUCAGCGUGUCAUGAAAGUUGCCCAAUGGAGCCCGGGGAGAUAAAAUCCAAGGGUCUGACACUUAAAGAAGCAUGCCCUAGCUCUAUUGAAUAUAUUCAGUGUUUGACCAAUUAGACUCUACCUUUUUCCCCGUCUUGCCAACCUGGCCAUCAAACUCACCACCCUGAAGGCACCUUCACCCAAUAUUCCCAGUGACGCUGAGUAAAGAACAGGAUGACAGCACCAAAAUAAAUGUCAUUCCUCCGCUUUUAUCUCAAUAUCCUGGAUUGAGAGGAGUAUUUUGACCCAUAUGCCUACAGAAUGGUUUUCUUGUGUUCAAUAUGUUUCAUCCCAAAGACCAUAAAAGACUCUUGAAAGCCACAUUUAUAGUUUCAAAUACCCCCUUCUUCGUCCUCCUUCGUAUCUUUCUCUUCUUUCCUCCCUAAUGAGAUGUUAUGUUACCCAGUCUGGAACUGAAGUCCUGAUUCUACUGUCUCCACUUUCCAAGUGCUGGGAUUUCAAGCAUGCAUCAUUACGCUCAAGCUAAUUAAAAAAAUUCCAGUACCCACAUUAAGAAGGUGUAAAGAAACCAGUGACAUUCAUUUUAAUAAUAAAUUCCACUUAUAUUUAUUAUAACAGAUAAUAAGUUUGAGCAUGAACAUCUUACAUUCCUUUAUGAUAUAGUCUUUGAAAUCUGUUUUAA